CCAAGAGAGGAACAAAUUAAUCUCCAAAAUACACACCUUUCCUGUCGGGAUAAUGGAGGAGACGUACCUUCUCAACCUACCAGGAAUCAGGAAGAAGAUUCUGGCAGGAGGCACGGCGGCGCUGCCACACUUUGCACCUGGGACAAAGCUGGUUUUCCACUUCCAGACGCUGCUGGACAACUUUGAAGGAACGAUCAUCGAUGACAGUCGACUGGCUGGCAGGCCGGCGGAGAUCUUUUUCGGAAAGAUGUUUAAGAUGGAGGUCUGGGAGACCCUGCUGGGGUCCAUGAGGGUCGGGGAGGUGGCUGAGUUCUGGUGUGAUGCCAUUCACACAGGCCUGUACCCCAUCGUGUCCAAGGGAAUGAGGCUAAUCGCUCAAGGGAAAGACCCACUGGAGGGCCAGAGACACAUGUGCGGCAUGGGAAACAUGUUCCACUAUCACUCCACUGGUUUCCCAGAGCUGGAUGAGCUGAUGAGAACUCCUCAACCACUUAUAUUCAUCAUGGAGCUGUUGCAGGUGGGAGACCCCAUGUCCUACCAAAGAGGGUCAUGGAUGAUGGAAAAGGAUGAGAAGCUGCAGACAGUACCAAUCUUCCACAUGCAGGGCAAUCGAUUGGUCAAGCAGAGGAAAUACAGAGAGGCUGCCAGCAAGUACAAAGAGGCCGUUCUGCUGUUGAAAACAGUCCAGUCCAGAACUGCGUGAAGGGCUACUCCAAGAGAGCCAAGGCCCACGCAGCCGUGUGGAAUGAAAAGGAAGCCCGGAGGGACUUCAACAUGGUGGCCCACCUGGACAUCACUCUAGCCUCCCUUAUUGGUCGGGAGCUGAAGGCCCUGUCAGAGAGCAUGAAGGCGAAGUACUGGGAGGAAAAGGAGCAAU